GUAAAGUCCUCUCUCCCACGUCACGUUACGAAGAUUCGGUAGUGUCGACAGAAUUCUUCGUCGGUUGUCUUUGAGAUUAAUCAUAGCACACAUCGCGAGAGACUGAGGCGAACAAAUAGACCCUGGGGCUAUUGAUCGAUUGUGCGCUGGCAUUCGAUCGAUUGGUACUUGAAAUUUGGCAGUGACUCGCAGUCAUCAGCAUCAUGGCGCAGACCAAAGCCAGUCAGAGCUCGACCUUGUGGUUGCUGGUGUGGAUGGUCAACAACAUUGGCGUUACUCUACUGAACAAGGCAGCCUUUGCUAAAGUCGACUUUCGCUAUCCCUACUUCUUGUCCGCCAUUCAUAUGGCCUGCAACGCCGCCGGAUCCCAGUUGGUCUUUUGGAGUCUGGAUCGGGAUGCCCGUCAAGCCCGCAAAACCAUGGAAGAGCCGUCGGUGUCCAUCUUUUCCCGCUUACUGGGCAACGUCACGCGUCAAGCGCUCGACGCACAGGGACAAAAACUCAUCCUCGCAUUUUCCGUCAUUUUCUCCCUCAACAUAUCCAUCGGAAACGUCUCGCUCCAGUACGUGUCCGUCAAUUUCAAUCAAGUCAUGCGAUCCUUGGUACCAGCCCUCACCAUUGCCAUGGGAUUGUGCAUGGGCAAAGUCAUUUCGCAGCGUCGACAGUUGGCCGUAGUCCCGGUCAUUGUCGGGGUCGCCAUGGCAUGUUUCGGGGAUAUGAGUUACACCGCCCUCGGAUUCUUUUACACCGUAUGCUGUAUUCUCCUAGCCGCACUGAAGGUCGUCGUCAGUGGUGAAAUGCUGACGGGAUCGCUCAAACUCCAUCCCGUGGAUUUGCUUUCCCAUAUGGCACCUUUGGCGCUCAUCCAAUGCGUUAUCAUUGCAUUUUUUACCGGAGAGAUACAAUCCAUUGCCUCGCGUUGGGACACGGAAUUGAGUCCCUCGGUCAACGUCCGUCCCAUGUUUGUCGUAUGGUUGAGCGGAAUAUUCUCCUUUUCGCUCAAUAUUUGUUCCCUCCAAGCCAACAAGCUCACGUCGCCGCUGACUCUCUGCAUUGCCGCCAACGUCAAACAAGUAUUGAUGAUUGUCAUUAGUACGAUUUUGUUCAACACCAAUAUUGCUCCGCUCAAUGGAGCAGGUAUCGUUGUGGUACUCGCGGGAUCGGCCCUUUAUUCCUACGUUUCGGUCCAAGAAAAACUGGUUGCCACCAAGUCGCAAAUGGAGGUACGGGAAAGUGCCGCCGUCGGCCUCGAAUACGACGACGACAAUGGCAGUGGUGACGGCAGCGAAACGAUUCAAUUACUGGAAAGCGGUAGCAAUAAGUCAACUGGACGCAAGGUGGUGGCCUAG